UUAUAUUGUCUCGAGCGAAAUAUUUACUUCUAUGAAGGUUUUCUCCUAUAAAAUUCAUCAAGCAAUUAGAUGGCAUUUACCUCUUUCAGAUCGAUCGAUCCUAUCGGAUAAGUUGCGUUCAGUUAAGACGUGCUCCGCUGCGAAUCUUUCCAUCUUUUCAUAUAAAUCUUGGUGGAGAUUCAGAAUUAAUGGCAAAGGGAGGAAAGCAGAAAAGGACUGGAGCCAAUGAAGCAGAAAACAGACGACGACCAGGGCGUCCACCAGGGCCGCCACUGUCUGAAGAAGAAGAGAAGAAAAAGAGGGAGGAGAAAAAUAGAAAGGAUAGAGAGUAUCGGGCCAGAAAGACGAGUAGUAAAUAAGAAUGUCUAAUAUGUGGAAGAAUUUAAUUUUGUUAUCUCGAAACAUUAAAUUAAAGGAGUGAUCUUGAGUUGAGCCUCUCUUUUUUGGGGAUGCUCUUUAUUGUGUUAUUGCUUUGAUUGGGAUUUGGGAGAAUUAAUGUCCAAUUCCUUG